CAAGCACCUUACAAAGAAACGCAAUCUUGAUGUGGUAGAGAUAAUCCCUCCUCAUUUCCUUCACAAACCACAACUACUUUCUCUUUCAACAAACUAGUUAUUAUAAUUAUUAGUUCAAACGCUUCCAGUUCUCUGCCUAUAGUGUUUCUCGUCUCGCUAUGAUUACCGGAUGGAGGGGAGCCGCUCUAGCAGGAAAUAUCGAGGCACUCUACGCAUCAAUUCAAGAAGAUGGAGAUGUUUUGAAGCGCAUUGAUGAGGUGGAGUUUGUUGACACUCCCUUACACAUAGCUGCAGCCGCAGGGCACACCGAUUUUGUGAUGGAGAUGAUGAACUUAAAGCCAUCAUUUGCUAAGAAGUUGAACCAACGUGGUUUUAGCUCCCUUCACCUGGCCUUGCAAAACGGGCAUAAAGAGACGGUGCUUCGUCUCCUGGAAAUUAAUAAAGAUCUUGUUCGUGUCAAAGGGAAGGAGGGCUACACUCCUUUGCAUUAUGUAACUGGAGAAGGAAACCUUGAUCUUUUGGCCAAAUUUUUGGAGGAUUGUCCGGAAUGUAUCUUUGACGUGACAAUUCACAACCAGACUGCUUUUCACAUUGCUGUUGAAAACAAUAGAUUAGCUGCUCUUCGUGUCUUAUCCAAGAUGCUGAAGAAGACCGAUUGUUGUCAAGACGUGGUGAACCGGAAAGAUAAGGAUGGCCACACUGCCUUGCACAGAGCUGCAGCCAAGAAUUACCCCCAGAUGCUGAAACUGCUAUUAGCAUGCAAGGCUGAUAAAAAUGUGACCAAUCAAGCUGGUUUAACGGCUCUGGAUGUUGCACGGGGCCAAGUUAACAACCGAGAGAGCAUUAAUAUACUUGGGGUUUGUUCAUUUGCUGGAGUUUCAACUUUGUAUAAGUUGUGGCAACUGAUCGUCAAGUUUUUAGCGAAGGCAUCAAUAGAGAUUUUUCGGGAUAUGGAUAGCAUAUCAAGCGAGGACCGCAACGCUUCAUUAGUAAUAUUAGGACUGCUACUAACAGCCACCUACCAAGCAAUUCUUAGCCCGCCUGGUGGCGUUUGGCAGGGUCAAGUUUCCGAAACUCGUUUAAGCCCGCCUAGUGGAGCACCAACCUCCACUCCCACUCCAACCCAUUCUAAAAAAAGUAGAAAUAUGGUAGGAACAUCAAUCAUGGAUCCAGGUGAAUUUCUUGUUUUCUAUCUUACAAUCUGUGCAGUCUUCAUAGUAGCGUUUUUCUUAACAUUGGGCCUCCUUAAACCUUUUCCCCGAGGUUUCAAGACUGCUCUUCAGGUAUUAUUGGCAUUUUUUGCUAUAUGCUUUCAAACCUCAAUAUAUACCAUUACUCCAUUUUAUUUUUACGUGCCCUUAGUUAUCGACAUAUUUUUAUUUUUGGUUUUUGUUAUAAUGAUGUCCAUGAGUACUACUUCCCGUGUAUCCAAAAUUAGCGUUACAGUACUAGGAUGCUGGUUACUUUGGGGUGUCAUUUUUCAAUCCUUCGCAUCUUUCAUUUAUUAAGAUUUCAUAUUUUCUCUGUUGUAUCUCUAUUUGUAG